GAACACCCUGCUCUUCUCCACCGGUGAGCUCGUACGAGUUUCCAUGGCGGAAGUAGAGUUCCAUCUCCCCAACUGAAGUGGACUUAUCUUCUUCAGCGCCGCAUAGUUUCGAUCUCGACACCAACCUGGGAUUCGGUUGGUGGGUCGGAACUGGAGAUGGCGGCGGCCGUGAGAGCGCUGAAGUUGCUGACGCUGUCGUGUCCUUCCGCGCUCAAACCUCCCCAGCCUUCGUGGGUGUGUUGUGGGUUGAUUCCGCUUCGCUCGUCGACCCUCGAAUGGCGGUCCCGUUGCGCCGGAGCCCGUUUCUUGAGGAGCAGCAGCAGCAAGAGCGACGCGUCGGUUCAGGAGACGGCGGCGAAGAAGAAGAAGAAGAAGAAGGGGAAGGGGGAGGGGGAGGGGGACGGUGGGAACGGGAGAGGAGCUACGGCGAUGGAGGCGUUGGUGAAGCGGAGGACGCGUUCGUCGAGGGAGCUCGACGACGAGACGGUCCAGCAGUUGCUCGGCGUCAGCAGCCACAUACCGGUGCUGCUCGGCGAGGUGCUGGAUGUCUUCUCGGGCCCGAAGCUCCGGUCUUUCGCUGAUUGCACUCUCGGCGCCGCCGGCCAUUCUUCCGCUGCUAAGUCAGGCGGAAGUCAUCCUGACUCGAAGGAACUCCUAGAGGCUCCUGCUUCUGCAAAAAAAAGUUCGGGCAAGAAAGUGCGAAAUUCUAAACAAAAAUCUGUGAAGACUUCUGUUGAGCCAAUGGGAGAAAAGAAAGAUCAAGCAAUCAACAAAGUGAGUUCGCCAAGUCAGAGGAUUUUGAAGUCUUUUUAUCCUCCUGAGGGGAGAUCUGUUGUGGUUGUAGAAUCUGUUACAAAAGCAAAGGUUAUUCAAGGCUAUCUUGGUGAUAUGUUUGAAGUUAUUCCAAGCUAUGGCCAUGUAAGGGACUUGGCAGCACGAUCAGGAUCUGUUCGUCCUGAUGAUGACUUUAGUAUGGUCUGGGAGGUGCCAUCUGCUGCUUGGACCCAUCUGAAGAGUAUCAAGGUUGCCCUAAGCGGAGCAGAUAAUCUAAUUCUAGCUUCAGAUCCUGAUCGUGAGGGCGAGGCUAUUGCUUGGCACAUCAUUGAGAUGUUGCAGCAGCAGGAUGCUUUACGUGAUGACAUGACUAUAGCAAGAGUUGUUUUUCAUGAGAUAACUGAAUCAUCCAUCAAGGCUGCUCUGAAGGCACCAAGAGAAAUAGAUGCAAACUUGGUGCAUGCUUACCUUGCACGCCGUGCUCUAGAUUAUCUGAUUGGUUUUAAUAUUUCUCCUAUAUUAUGGAGGAAACUACCAGGUUGCCAGUCAGCCGGGCGAGUCCAAUCUGCUGCUUUAGCACUUGUUUGUGAUCGAGAAAUGGAAAUUGACCAGUUUGUUCCACAAGAGUACUGGAGUUUGGAGGUUGACUUUGAGAGAAGAAGUUUGGAUCCUUCCCUAAAAUCCAUUUCUAUCCCAUCCCGCUUGACAUAUUUUGCUUCGACAAAAUUGAACCAGUUGUCAGUUGGCUCCUAUAUAGAGGCAAAAGAUAUUGAAGAGAAGAUUAGAUCUGAAGGUUUCAAAAUUGUUGCCUCUAAAAGUAACGAGAUGAGAAGGAAUCCUCCGACACCUUACAUCACGUCGACUCUUCAGCAAGAUGCUGCCAAUAAAUUACAUUUUCCAGCCACAUACACUAUGAAGCUUGCACAAAAGCUUUACGAAGGGGUACAGUUAUCAGAUGGCAAGGCAGUUGGUUUGAUAACAUACAUCAGAACUGAUGGUUUACAUAUAUCUGAGGAGGCUGUGAAGGAUAUACGCUCUUUGGUGAUUGACAGGUAUGGGUCAGAUUUUGCAGCAGAGGCUGCACGCAAGUACUUUAAGAAGGUGAAGAAUGCUCAAGAAGCUCAUGAAGCAAUUAGACCAACUGAUAUCCGGAGGUUGCCAUCAUCGCUAGUUAAUAUACUUGAUGAAGAUUCUUUGAAGUUGUACACUCUUAUCUGGUCUCGUACUAUCGCAUGCCAAAUGGAACCUGCUGUAAUUAAUCAGAUUCAUGUGGAGAUUAAGAAUGCUGAUGGGUCUAUUGUGUUGAAUACUUCAAGCUCGAAAAUUGAAUUUCUUGGUUACCAGGCAGUUUUCAAGGAUGUGGAAGCGGAAACAGUGAGGUCUAAAGAAAAUGAAGGGAAUGAACGUGAUGAAGCUUUUGAAGUACUGAGCUCUCUGAAGGUUGGAGAUUUACUGACUCUCAGUGAUGUGCGAUCCAAGCAACACUACACUCAGCCUCCAUCGCGCUACUCAGAGGGUGCAUUAGUUAAGAAGCUGGAAGAGCUUGGAAUCGGGAGGCCGUGUACAUACGCGAGCACACUGAAAGUGCUGCAGGACAGAAAUUAUGUGACAGUAAAAGCCCGUGUCCUACAUCCUGAAUUUCGUGGCCGCAUGGUGUCAGCAUUUCUUUCUCACCAUUUUUCUGAGGUCACGGACUAUAGCUUUACUGCUGAUAUGGAGACUGAGCUCGAUAAUGUGUCAGCUGGUUUAACAGAGUGGAAAGGUCUCCUGAAAGAUUAUUGGGCACGAUUUAGCUCAUAUUGCAACCGCACUGCUACUGUUCAUAUUCAUCAGGUGGAGAAGAUGUUGGAGAAGACAUUUGGGGACUUUUUAUUUGCUUCUCUUCGUGAUAAAAGUAGGAAGUGUCCAAGUUGUAUGGAGGGCACUUUGAUAUUUAAAGUAAGCAGGUUUGGUGCUGGCUACUUUAUAGGUUGUGAUCAGCACCCUAAGUGCAAGUAUAUUGCUAAGACACUAUACGGUGAUGAAGAAGAAGAAGAUGCUACUCCUCAGACUAACAACUCAAUCGAAGAGCCAAAACUUCUGGGUCUUCAUCCAGGUUCCAAUGAAAAGAUUCUUCUUAAGAAUGGUCCAUAUGGAUAUUAUGUACAACUUGGUGAAGAUAGGAAGGGGUACAUUCCGAAAAGAGCCUCUAUUUCUCAGACAAAGGAGGUGGAUUCUAUUACCAUUGAGGAUGCUCUUGAGCUGUUUCGAUAUCCUGUGACGUUGGGUAACCAUCCGAAGGAUGGGCAGCCUGUGAUUUUGAAGCUUUCAAAGGUUGGAUUUACCGUCAGACAUAGACGCACAAUGGCUUCUGUUCCUAAGAACCUCAAGCCAGCGGAUGUCACUAUGGAGAAAGCCUUAGAGCUAUUAUCAGGGAAGGAUGUAAGACGCAGUGGCCGACCUAAGAAUAAGCCGAAAAUCGAAGAAGCUCUGGAGGUCUUUUAGCUUUGGGAAAAAGAAAAUCAGAAAGAACACAAAUGCAUUGGUCAAUCGACCCUUUCGAGAAGUUAUCGUGCCGAUUGGUUCCCUUCUGAUCCCUUGUCAUUGGUCGCGGGAGAUGAUGUUAGAACCGUGAUGGCACCGGGGAUAUGUAGAAGAUGAGAGAAUGUGUACAGAGAUGUAUCCACAUUUGGAUAUAUGCAUAAUUGUAGGGGCUGAAUUGCGGUGUCCUAGGGGCCUAUUUGUGUUCAACCUUUGUAAGCGUUUGGAGACAAUUAGAGACAACGGUUACAAUUUUGGGUGUAGGGAAAUGGGUUGACCAACAAUAACACCAAAUAAGAGUAUACAAAAAUUGAUCAUAUAAUGUUUUUGCUUCA